AUGCCUUCCAGAUGGCAGCGUCUUCACUUGUCCCAGCAGGGAAUACCUCCUUUGCUCUUCCAGUACACCUGGACCCGACAAGGCUAUGAGAUCCACAUAACAGACCUCACCUAUAUCUGGUCAGAGCGGCUACCCCGUAAAGCUAUCACCAAGAGAGCGGAGGAAGAUGUCACAACGAUCGAUCCUGGAGAGGACCAAGAACAACUCGAUGUGCUCCUGGAAACAAUUGGAGAAGCUUUGCAAAAUGGCAAUGAAAGCGCAAUCUUAAGCAGUGGAACACAAACCAACUCCCUUGAAAUCAUGACAACAACCAAGCUGCCCUCCCCAUUGAAACCUCUCAAGUGGUCUUUGAAGUUAUUAAAGGAACCCCUGUCGUCCUUGACCAAUACUCUAUUACUUCCGCUGUUGAGAGAGGAGGCGGAGUGGGAGUCCCGCCAACGUUUGCUCUUGAACCAAAUCAAACAGAAAGACUACGUACUUGGCAAGUUAUUUGACAAAAUGGAAACACUUGGCGUGGAUCUAGGGUCAGUGUUUCCUAGCGCUGCAGGGUCGCGCAUGUCUCGCAAGGCUAUUACGCGUUCUGAUGCUGCUAAAUCUGUGAAAGGUAUCGCGCCGUUUGAGGAGGAGACUUGGCUCGCUGAGAGAGGAUUAUCACAUCGGGCGGGACUAGCUACCAAUUUACUCCAUGAGAUCUCAGAAUCCGGUGAUUCUCGUGCUUUAGAUACUUUCACUCAGUCACAAGGCGAAUGGUGGCAGCAACUUGCGAGACCCCCUGAAACUAGCGCCAGAGAGGCCUCUCCCAUCGAAGAGGAAAUUUCCAACGACCAAGAUAGAACAAAGCCAGUUGAAAUCAAGAACAUCGACACAGGAGCAGACUCAACAGCGAGUAGCGAUGACGAUGAGUUUCAGCGACAAGAAACUCCUCCUAGACUCAAAUCCCAACAUGGCAAAGGCGAAGCAUUACCACCCAAGCAAAAGCCCAGAGAGAAAAGUCCUGUCCCGUCAGUAUUGCCUUCAGAGGAAGACGAAGCCACAGCAUCAGACUCCGAAUCCGAGUCUGAGCCAGCACCUCGUCAAAGACACAUUCCCAGCGUUUCAAGGUCGCGAGGGCCCGCCGCACCAGAGCUAAAGGCUCGAGAGGCGCAGAAAGUAACAAAGGGUGGAUUGGGUAAAAUUGGUGGUAAGAACAAGAAAGAAACAGAGCGCAAGCCCUCGCCAUCUCCGUCUCCAGUCCCUUCUCCAGCGCGAGUUCAGGAGAUACCGAAAGUACCAAAAGGUGGGUUGGGUAAAAUUGGCGGCAAGAACAAGAAAGAACCAGAGCGCCGGGCCUCACCAUCUCCCUCUCCAGCACCUUCUCCUCCAGCGCAAGUUCGAGAGACACCGAAAAAGCCAAAGGGCGGAUUAGGCAUGAUAGGCGGCAAGAAAAAGCAAGCGAAAGAGCCCUCGCUUUCACCAGCCCCUUCCCCUCCAGCACAAGCCCGCGACUCGCCAAAAUCCCAAGGACCCCCAGAGUCACCAGAACAGGAAGAAAGGAUUAGCAGAGAUCCUUCUCUUCCGAUAUCGUCGAUACCGGUACCAGCAACGACAAAAGCUAAACGUCCCGGGAAACUUGGCAUGAUAGGCGGCAAAGCCAAAGCCAAAGCUGCCGAGGAAGCUCGAAAUAAGUCGCCGCUACCUACAUCUGACACGGUGGUCAUGUCACCCGAGAAAGCUACACCUGCUAAACCGAAGGCUGACCGACAAGCUCUUAAAAAGGAGGAGUCUCCAUUGCCCACAUCAGCAAAAGAGAAGAUCCCUCCAGCUCCACCUGCAGAACCGGAGACUGAAGACCAACGCGCUGACCGGAAGCGCGAGGAACUGAAGAGGUCGCUCGAGGCCAAGGCAAAAGCUCCUGCAAAGAAGAAGCGGAGGUUCUAG